GUUACUUGAUUUUGGACUCAUAUUAUUUCUAUCUUGCAAUAGAAAGAAAAAAAAAAGAAUGGAUUAGAUUUGUUCGUCAUCACUUUUGAAAAGCUAAUAAAAUAUGCAUGAAUUCAUCAACUUACUCACCAAGAAGUAAAUCUUUAUUUGAUGGCCCUUAAUUUUACUUUUUUGAUGAUCCAUGCAUGACUCAUUCUAAAAGCUUCUACAAUAUAUUUUUCACCUUCUAUAUAUACCUCUUCAUAACAAACUAUAUUCCCAACACCAACCACCAAGAUCAUUAUUCUCUUUCAUUCUCUAAUAUAAUUUGCUGCAUCUUAUUACUUAAUUAAGAGGUGAUUGUGUAAUUGAUAAUAUAGUUUCUAAGCAAAAAUGAAUGUUUCCGAGGCAUUUAAAUCAAGGAGUUUGAAGAGCAUGAUCGGAGAUCAUCUCCUUCGAAAUGGGUUAUCAACAAUAAGUUAUGAUCAAACUAGGAAAACAUCCACCAUCAAACUAUUGUCUGGACCUUUAGUUGUUUCAAAGCAACGUAGAGUGGAAUCAGUUUUUAACACGAUGAAUAAACUUGUGAAAGGAAAAUUGAGCUUUGUUGGAGGGGUUGACAGAGUAUUCAGACGAAUCUUCAGCGUACGAGAGGGUGAGAAGUUAUUAAGGGCUUCUCAUUGCAGUUUGUACACCACGGCAGGUCCCAUAGCCGGCCGCCUAUUUAUCUCCACGGAGAAACUCGCCUUUUGCAGUGACCGGCCAAUCGCAAAAGUCACCUCCGCCACCACCGGAGAACCUCUUAGGUUCCAUUACAAGAUUGUGAUACCAUUAAGGAAAAUUGAAAGAUUGAAUCAAAACGAAAGCACGAAAAAGCCAUCACAGAAUUAUCUACAAGUGGUGACCUCGGAUGAGUUUGAGUUUUGGUUCAUGGGAUUCCGAUCAUACAACAAAACUUUCAAAUGGCCUACAACAAGUAUGCAGUCUACCAAAGCUUAAUUUAUUGACCUCGAGUUAGCACGUUGGACUAAAAUUGAAGAUGUUGGACCUUGAUCAUCCCAUAUGCAUACACUACACGUACUACUCCCUCCGUAUUUUUGGUUCUUCCCAUUUGGAAUCGUUUGUUAAGAUGAAAAACAAAUCCAAUUGGGAAGAACAAAGAAAGUAAUACAUAUUUUGUACGGAGUACUAUAAUUAAAGUAGAUCAGAUUGAGUUCUUUGUUGUAUGUAAAUAUGUAGAGUUAAGUGUGGUUAGUUUUGUAAUUCUACCUUUAAUAGCUAGGCAGGAAAAAAGAAGUUUUCCUUCACGAGUUUUAUAUUAGGUAGCAGAUGAUUUGAGAUUACAUUGUACUUUGAUUAGUUUAUCCAUUGUUGCAUUGUAGUAAUUGAAUAUUGAAUUGAUCAAUAGAUUACUUGCUA